AUGGCGAAGCGCAAGAGCACGCCCCGAACUAGGUCGGGCUGUCGAACAUGCAAGGUUCGGCGGGUUAAAUGCGAUGAACAAAGGCCGUCAUGUCGUCGGUGUCUGGAUACCGGCAGGGCCUGUGACGGCUAUGGCAUCUGGGGCCAGCCCAAGUCAACGAGACUACUUCCCUCCCCGGUCUAUCCCCUGCGGACUCUUCCUGGCCUCGCUGAGGAGGAGAGGCGCUGCCUGGACCGCUUCCGUGUCCUGCUGACGGACAAACUCACUCGACCAUUCGGGUCCCAUUUCUGGAGCUCACUCGUCCUCCAGCUGUCAGUGUCGGAGCCAGCAGUGCUGCAUGCCUCGAUAGCCUUAACCUCUGCCUACGAUUCGUUCGCCCUGGCGCAGAUACGGGAGAACGUGGCCAUGGUGGCACCGGCGCCCUUCCUGCUAAGGCAGUACAACUAUGCCAUCCGAGCCCUACUCACCAACGGAGCCCUGGAGAGCGCCACAUCCGUACGUGUGGCGACUGUCUCGUGUAUUCUCUUCAUCUGCCUGGAGAUUCUGCGCGGCAAUCUGGACGCCAUGAAAGUCCAUUUUGCGGCAGGGAUCAGACUGCUGUACCAACUACAGCGUCAGAGCCACAGAUCGGCGGCAACCACUGGUACAGUUCUUGUCAAGCAUGAUCCUGAGCUAUUUGACGACCAUAUUAUUGAGGUUUUCGCAAGACUGAACCUCCAAUUCCUUAUGCUAGGGCAUGGCCCCCAGCAGAAAGAAUCAUUCGUGCCCUCUUUCCGGUACGGCCGGGCUUCCUAUCUUCCGCGUCGCUUCUCUGCGGCCGACGAGGCUCGUCAAGCCCUAAGUCCCAUUCUCCUUUCGGUCAUGCAUCUCGUCAUGCAAGUCGAGCGUCUUACUCGAAGCACCCACGCACACCCACCGUCGCCGAGCGCAGUCAUGCUCGAGGAGCAGAAAUCCCUCCAAGCUGCGGUGGAGGACUGGAUUGCAAGCUAUGAUAACUCAAUACAAUCUGCGUUUGCGUCCGUAGCACGGCAGCACAGGCUUGCUUUGCUGAUGCUCCGGACAUACGCCGACGUGGCCAUAAUCCUCCUGUCCACCUGCUUUACCGUCAAAGAGACGGCCUAUGAUGCGCAUCUCCACGUUUUCAAGUCCAUCAUCCAGCGGUACAGCGACGUCCACAGCACCGACUGCCCUCUUCAAUCGGACACGUGCGAAGUCGAUCCAACAUUCAUGAUAGAUAGUGGUCUAUUCCCGCCACUCUACUUUACAGCCUUGAAGUGUCGUAAUCACGCCACACGCCACCAGGCUCUCGCUAUUCUUCGUCAAUAUGUCCAUAUGGAGGGCCCCUGGACGGGGCCAAUGUUGGCCAGAGUGGCGGGGCAUGUGGUCAAUCUUGAAGAAAGGCAUUUUGGCGACAUCUUGGCCAAAGCCACGAUGUCAACUACAGUUUCCACGGUCCUUCCUGAGUUCAGUCGGAUCCAUUGUGUCGAGUGCAAGCUACCAGCCCAACGGCAUCAGGGAUCCAAUAUCGCCUCUUUGAUCCUGCGGCGCUUCCGGCAUGAGCUGGGUAGUGCAGCGAGUUGGUGGAUAGACAAAUGCACCAUUGAUCUAUCUUCCUAG